GAGACCACUGUGGCAGGGGAGAGGGAGAAGAGAGACAGGGAGGGAGGAAGGCUGGUGAAGCCGCGGAUAUUCAUGAAGACGCCAAGUGUUUUUUUCUCUCGCCGUGGUGACACAGUGCUUGUCUGCAGAGAGACAGAGGGAGCGGGGAAGAGAGAAAGGGGAAGAGGAGACGAGUGAAAGCAAGACGAGGCCCAGCCCAUCUUUCCAUUGAUCUUGAGGCGAUCAAGGAGUCUACUCCGAGGAGGACACACAGACACAGAUUCAAGGAUGGAUCCUGGCAUAUCAAACCUGGAAUUUUGACGUAUGGAUUUAACACUUCUCUCUAUGCAGGAUUUGGCGACUGUCUGAUCAGAUAAUGGAAAACUGAUCUGAGACAGGAGACGCAAACAUUCUUCCCACAAACUGGAUCCAGGAUUAUUAACCGUUUGAAAACUGCAUCCAUGUGGGAUCAGGUUAACAACUGGGAAAUGUCAUGCAAGCAAUACCCCAAGUUGGAUAAACAUUUAAGAAAACUUGGAGAGUUUUCUUCAGCAGUGACGUCAUGAACUCCGACUGGGAUAUCCCAUUGGCUCGUCUGGCCAAAGCAAGACAACAUGCAGGUGGACUUAUUAUUUCCAAGAAACCCGUUGAUUAUGCUAAAAUGGAGUGAGGAUUUUCUUUCCUGAUUUUUCCUCCAACUUUUUGGCUUGUGAAUAAACAACAAAUCAAAACAAAGGUCAUCCACCUCAGACUGAACCUGGGGCCUCUGAGGGGCACAUAAAUGCACCUUUAGCACUUAACGACAGGUUGGACCCCGUCCCCCCCCCCCGUCCCCCCCUCCCGGUUUCAGCCACCUGAAGACUGAGGUGUGGACAGGACGCGAGCGAGGCGGUUGACUUGGUUGAGUCAGCUCCAAUGGGGGCCGGUCGUGACCCGGUCUGACCCCGGUUUGACCUUGCAGUGACCUUUGACCUCUCCGGUCCUGGCUCUCCACCUGCUCUGCUGCCUGGGUUCGGGAACGCUCCGCCCUGGGGCCCAGAACGAGCCAAUCAGAAUGAAGAAGAGCCGCAGCGUGCUGUCUGUGACUGGAGAAGAGGGCAAUGACACGGAUAUAACAGGUGCUGGGGAGAAGGCGGAGUCAUCUCGCUACAGCCGAUCCUAUACGUCUGGGGCCACACUGGGGGCUGAGCUACGCAGAGGGAGGAGCAGAAGGCUCUCUUCUAGUCUCCAGGUACCCUGCUGGCUCCGCCCUCGAGACCGCACACGUUCACCAGAGGUUCUGAACAACGUGUCGCGUCCAACAACUCUUCCCCUCCGCAUCCCGCCACGCAUCUCCAUCACACAGGCAGACUCCGACAGUUAUGAAGCAGAAAAUGGCGUGUCACCAGGUCACACCCCGUUGGGUUCUCAGAGUCCAAGCCUCACCCUGCACACCUCCUUUCCCCAAGGCCAGAGAAGAGAGUCCUUCCUCUACCGUUCCGACUCGGACUACGACAUGUCGCCCAAGACGGUCUCACGUAACUCCUCCCUUGCCAGCGAAGGACACACAGGCGAGGACUUCAUUGUCACACCUUUUGCUCAAGUGCUUGCCAGUCUGCGAUCAGUACGGAGCAACUUCACCAUUCUUGCCAACGUCUCCACACCGACAGUAAAGAGGUCUCCUCUGGGUGGAGUGUGUGUCAGUCCCAGGGCGUCACUAUCAGACCAACAGUACCAGCAGCUCGCCCUGGACACAUUGGAAGAGCUGGACUGGUGCUUGGACCAGCUGGAGACCAUUCAGACGCACCGUUCUGUCAGCGAAAUGGCCUCCACCAAGUUUAAGAGGAUGCUGAACAGAGAGCUGUCCCACCUGUCAGAGAUGAGUCGCUCUGGUAACCAGGUGUCUGAAUAUAUCUCCAGCACCUUCAUGGACAAGCAGAACGAGGUGGAAAUCCCAUCUCCUACUCUGAAAGAGAAAUCUAUGAGUCACAUCAGUGGAGUAAGGAAACUGUCUCACAGCUCCAGCCUCUCCAGCACUUCAAUGCCUCGCUUCGGUGUCAACACAGACCACGAGGAUGAGCUUGCCAAGGAGUUGGAGGAUCUGGACAAGUGGAGUUUUAACAUAUUCAGAGUAGCAGAAUUCUCCAACAACAGACCUCUCAGCUGCAUCAUGUAUACCAUCUUCCAGGAGCGAGAGCUGUUGAAGACGUUUCGUAUCCCAGUCGACACCUUUGUCACUUAUGUGAUGACCCUGGAGGACCAUUACCAUGGAAACGUAGCGUACCACAACAGCCUCCAUGCUGCAGAUGUCACCCAGUCCACACAUGUCCUCCUCUCCACACCUGCUCUUGAUGCCGCCUUUACCGACCUGGAGAUCCUCGCCGCUCUGUUCGCUGCAGCUAUCCAUGAUGUAGACCACCCCGGAGUCUCUAAUCAGUUCCUUAUCAACACCAACUCGGAGCUGGCCCUCAUGUAUAACGAUGAGUCAGUUUUGGAGAACCACCACCUCGCUGUGGGCUUCAAGCUCCUGCACCAGGAAAACUGUGACAUCUUCCAGAACCUCACCAAGAGGCAGCGCCAGAGCCUUCGCAAGCUUGUCAUCGAUAUGGUGUUGGCCACAGACAUGUCCAAACACAUGACGCUACUGGCGGACCUGAAGACCAUGGUGGAGACCAAGAAGGUGACCAGCUCUGGUGUGCUGCUCCUGGACCACUAUACAGAACGGACACAGGUGCUGAGGAACAUGGUGCACUGUGCAGACCUGAGCAACCCCACGAAGCCGUUGCCGUUAUACAAACAGUGGACGGAGAGGAUCAUGGAGGAGUUCUUUCGACAGGGUGACAAGGAGCGAGAGAGAGGGAUGGAGAUCAGCGCCAUGUGUGACAAACACACCGCUUCAGUGGAGAAGAGUCAGGUGGGUUUCAUCGACUACAUCGUCCACCCGCUGUGGGAGACGUGGGCCGACCUGGUGCACCCAGAUGCCCAGGAGCUGCUGGACACGCUGGAGGAGAACAGGGAGUGGUAUCUGAACACCAUGCCCCAGUCUCCCUCACCUCCCCCGGACAGACACCUACAGCACGACCGCUUCCAGUUCGAACUCACCCUGGAGGACCUGGAGCACAACAACCACAACCACAUAAACCUGAGGAACAGCGGUGACGACACCGCAGACAAGACGGAGGACGGCCAGGCGGAGCUGGAAGGCGAGGAACAGAACCAUGUUGAAACUGAGAAAGAAGACGAGGAGAAUCACAACAGCGAACAAAAUGGACUCCCAGAUGAAGAGGAGGAGGAGACUAGAGAAAGGGAGGGAGAAGAAGAGGACGAGGUGAAGGAGAACGCAGAGGAGGAGGAGGAAGAGGCGGAGGAACACGGAGAGGACCAAGUAGAAGAAGAAGGAGGGCAGACAGAUGAAAUAGAAGAGGAAGUGAACGAUACGGCGGAGGAUGAGGACACUAAAGAAGAGGAGGAAGAAAAUGAGACAAAUCAAGAAGGAGAACAGGAAGAGGGUGACGAGGAAGGACAAAAGGAUGAAGAGGAAGGUGCUGAAAAUGAGGAAGGUGCUGAAAAUGAGGAAGGAGAAGGCGAGGAAACUUUGGAAAACGAAGAGGUAGAGGUGGGAGAGGAAAUGGAAAAUGAGGAGGCAGAAGUGGAGGAAAAUGUGGAAAAAGAGGAGGGAGAGAUGGAGGAGAAAGAGGAAGAGGAGGCAGCAGAGGUGGAGGAAAAUGUAGAACCAGAGGAAGGAGAGAUGGAGGAGAAAGAGGAAGAAGAGGCAGCAGCAGAGAUGGAGGAAAAUGUAGAACAAGAGGAGGGUGAAACAGAGGAGAAAGAGGAAGAGGAGGCAGCAGAGAUGGAGGAAAAUGUAGAACCAGAGGAGGGUGAAACAGAGGAUACAGUUGAAGAGGAGGAGGCAGAGAUGGAGGAUACAGUUGAGGAGGAGGUAGGAGAAACAGAAGAUGUCGAAGAGGAAGAGGAGAAAGAAGCUGUAGAACCAGAAGAGGAAGAAGAGGUGCCGGUUGAGGAUGGACAGGAGGAGGAAGAAGAAGAAAGUUAGUUGGAUGUAAAAACAUAAAUAUAACCGGUCAGUAAUGGUUCAGGAGAGAUAAAGAAGAACAUGAAUGGAGCCAGAAAGGCUUCGACAGUUUGUGGUACGACUGUCAUGGAAGAGGAUGAAGAGCUGAAGACGCCCUUCUUGCUCUGACCACUUUAUCAUGUGACCCUCUCAACUGAAGGCCAGCGUAUGCUCGACUACAGACGUCUUAAACAACCUUCACAGCUCACAGAGAAAACAUUGAAGACGGACAGCACGGCACCGGACGCAGAUACAAAAACCCGACCGGAGCAUACGCCUUCCCGAACAGCCAGAUUGUUGAUCAAAUGGUAGUGAUAGAAAGACCAGAGUCUUCAUCACCGAGUAUCUGUACAUCCAUCACUGCCGUAGGGAAUAAACUGGGGGAUAAUAAAAUAGGGGGUGGGAACCUGUUUUAUCGACCUUUUGUAGCUCCUGAAAAUCUAAAAGAACUUGAAAUACAUACAUGCAAAUAAGUGCUACCCAUUAUCUCUCUGUCAUCUUGUUUAGGAGGAAGAUACACACACACACACACACACACACACACACACACACACACACACACACACACCCGACCAACAACUGUUAAAAGAAUGUCUACCUUCCUCUGUUUGUCAGAAAAGAAAAAAAAAUGCAAAAAGUCUGGAAAGUGUAGUCUGUCGUCUUAUAUUUGCUACAAAGACUUUCCACUUGUGAGCGGGAUGCUGACAAGACCUUUGGGCUCUGGUCUUGGAACAGUUUAACCUCCUCACAUACUAACCUUAAAGCAACAAUGCUGGAUUUCUGAAUAAUAUCUGGACUGUUUUUGUCAGGGUGGAAACAUUUGCAGUCCGGCUCAAAAGGCCUGACCUGUUGUACGUGUCGAUGUCGGUUCAUGUUUUAAAAAACAAAACAAAACAAACAAACAAACAAAAAAAAAAAAAAAACACCCAGUAUUCAUCCCAUCACCACAGUUUCACCACUCCCAGACUGUGAGUUUGAUUCCCGGGUGAAAUCGUGCCAAAACUGUCCCAUGACCAGCACUGAGCAAUUCAGCCUUCCUUCGAAAACAAGGUGGUUACUCGUCCGCGAAGCAAUGAACUGUGGGACCAGGGUAUUGGGUGUGAUGGUCUUCCACAAAUCCCAUUUUUGUUUUUGUUUUUGUAAAAAUGGUAUUUGGCACUUUAUCUAACACCCCUGUUACAUAUAUGUACAUAAUAAACAUGUAUUUUAAUCUGCUGAUGUCAUAUAAUAAAUAUGAUUAAUGAA